AUGGUGAUACUAGUGACUUUGCUUCUGGUAAUGCUUCCUCAAAUGGCAUGCAAGGCUCACAUUCUUAAGUGCAGGUUCCAAUAUCCACACCAACCUUUCCACAAAUAUCAUCAGGAUGGAGACCUUAUAAUUGGCGCCAUUGCUUCUCAGAGCUUCAUUGUCUCCAGUUCAAUAGACUUCACAGAAGAACCCCUCCCAACACUACAUGAAGAGUUUAUCAUAGUACCAAAGAAUUACCAGCAUAUCCUGGCCUUGGCCUUCGCAGUAAAGGAGAUAAAUGAAAACAUUAUGAUCUUGCCCAAUGUCACCUUGGGCUUCCACAUUUAUGACAGCUAUUUCAGUGCAAAGUCAACCUACCAUGCCACAAUGCUACUUACAUCUACGCUGGAGAGAUUUGUCCCCAAUUACAUAUGUGAUGUCAGGAAUAAUCUAAUAGCAGUCAUUGGGGGACUGGACUCCCAUAUCUCUCUUCAUGUGGCAAAUGUUUUGGAUAUUUACAAGAUUCCACAGCUAUCACAAUUCUUGCAGCUUGUCUCAUUUAACAACAGUGCUGGGGACAAGGUUUCCUUUGACCAGAAUGGACAGCUAGUAGCUGGAUUUGAUGUUAUCAACUGGGUUAGUUCCUCAAACCAGUCUAUAGUGAAAGUUGGGAAGAUGGAUCCUGACCAAGUAUUUACCAUCAACAAAGAUGCCAUAACAUGGCACAGCUGGUUUAACCAGGCCCAGCCUCUUUCUGUAUGUACUGAGAGCUGCCAUCCUGGUACUAGCAAGAAAGUGAAGGAGGGGGAGCCAUUUUGCUGCUAUGAUUGCAUCCCAUGUCCAGAAGGGAAGAUUUCAGAACAUGAGGAUAUGAAUUAUUGUUACCAAUGCACCGAUGAAAAUUACCCAAAUGAAAACAGAGAUUUAUGCAUUCCCAAGGAAGUAAGCUAUUUGACUUUUCAGGAACCAUUGGGGCUCACUUUAGCCUGUUUGUCUCUUUCAUUUUGUUUGAUCACAAUUCUCAUGCUAGGGACCUUUAUGAAGCACCAUGACACCCCUAUUGUCAAAGCUAACAACCGGGACCUCACCUACAUCCUCCUUUCCUCCCUGUUGAUCUGCUUCCUUUGUGCUUUGCUAUUCAUUGGCCAACCUCAGAAGGUGACAUGUCUCCUCCGGCAAACUGCUUUUGGCAUUAUCUUCUCAGUGGCUGUUUCUUCUGUACUGGCAAAGACCAUCAUGGUGUUUCUGGCUUUCAUGGCCACAAAACCAGGAUCCAGGAUGAGGAAAUGGGUGGGGAAAAAACAAGCAUAUUUCAUUGUUGUUUCCUGCUCACUUGUUCAAAUGGGCAUUUGUACUGUGUGGCUGGUGAUAUCUCCUCCAUUCCCAGAUGUUGAUACGCAGUCAGUGACUAAAGAAAUUAUACUAGAAUGUAAUGAGGGUUCUGCUAUGAUGUUUUAUUUUGUUUUGAGUUACAUGGGCCUGCUAGCAAUUGUCAGUUUCACUGUGGCUUUCCUUGCCAGGAAGUUACCUGACAGUUUCAAUGAAGCCAAGUUUAUCACUUUUAGCAUGUUGGUCUUUUGUAGUGUUUGGCUCUCUUUUGUUCCAACCUACUUGAGCACCAAAGGGAAAUACAUGGUAGCUGUGGAGAUCUUUUCUAUCCUAGCUUCCAGCUUUGGGUUGCUGGGCUGCAUCUUUUUUCCAAAAUGGUACAUUAUUUUAUUGAGGCCUGAGCUGAAUAACAAAGAAAUGCUAAUUAGAAGAAAGUGUUGA